AUGGGAAAGUAUCGCAAGCACUCAAAAAGGAAAUGAACCAUAUUCACGGAGAAACAGUUGGCAUAUUUAAAUUUUCUUAAAAAUUAAAAAAACCCAUACCCCACCCUUGGCCUCCAGAGACAAAUGGCCUCAAAAAUGGAGCUCCACCUAACAGUCCUGCAGGUCAGAAAACAAGCCCCAUCUCACCAGGCCACCUUAUUUGUUGUUGUUCUUCUUCAGUUGCCAAGUCAUGUUGCAACCCUGUGGACUGCAGCCUUCCAGGCUCCCCUGUCCCCUCAUUCCUGCUUCUCCCUGGCCAUAGAUCCUCUGAUACCUUCCUUCCAGCUCAGCAUACAGCCUGCCCUGAAGGCUCUCACAGACCAUUCUCUGGGCCACAAAAUGGUCCAUGUUGGCUGCUGCCAAGACCCAAAUAUAUACUGCCUCUAUCCCAUUGUAGAAUCCUGA